AUGUCCACCCCCCUCCCCCUAACAGAGGAGAACCUCUCCGCACAUACCCAGCAAAUGGAAUCCACCACCCACACGCACACCCACAAUCACAACCACACGGACAAACACACCCACCCCAUCCCCUCAUGGGUCGAAGAACUCAUAACAGAAGAACGAAUCCGCCUCUCCAUCUCCCAGCACGCCCUCACCCCGACAAACCCCAAGAACAUCUCUCCCGACGACAUUCAAGCCAUCAUGGACGCUAUCACGGUCACCAGCCCCAAGACCCACCCCUUCUACACCUCCAAGCUGUGGGACACCGCGCCCCCCAAGACCGCGGACCGCGUGCUGUACCGCGAGACGCCCCUGGAGCGGUUCCUCACCCCGGGGAAUUGCGAGCCCUGCUAUUUUGAUAAGAUGGCGUUGGCCGCGGUGGGCAUUCAGUAUGGGAGUUUGGAGAGCUGUGGGGUGAGGAGGGCUAUGGCGGAGAGGAAUGUUGAGGUGGCGAGGAUGGUGAGGAGGGAUGCGGAGAGUUAG